AUGGAAUUGUCUGAAAUUGCGAUUUACGAUGAUACUGGUACUGAAUCCUCCAAAGAUGGUCAGAGUAAAGACUUGUGGAAACAGACUACACUCAUAGAUAUGUUUGAAAGAAGUUCAAGCUAUGAAGCAGGGGGUCAUAAAACUAGCCAAAUAAAUCAAGCUUUGAUCUACAUGAUUUGGAAAGACAACAUGCCUCUAUCUUGUGUAGAAAAAUCAGGAUUGAAAAGAUUUAUGAGCGUCAUUUGUCCACGCUAUAAAAUUCCAUCACGAACUACUAUAACUAGGCUCAUGGAACAACGAUACGCCACUACCAAAGCCAUUUUAAAACAAAAAUUAAGUGAGAUAAAUAAUAUUGCUUUAACAAGUGAUAUAUUAACUCUUACUAACUCGACACGAAGUUUCAUCGUAGUGACAGCACAUUUUCUUAACACAGCUAAUAACUGCACUCCUGAGCAUGAGAUGGUGACAUUGACAGCACGAAGAAUGUAUCAGGUAAGUAAAGUAUAA